AUAUAUUUUUUGUUUAUGGAGUAGUAAAACAAAUAUUCAAUCAAAACUGAGACUCGUAACAACAACUACGAUAAAUAAAACAAAAACUGGAAUCUUAAUAAUCAGAAAAACGAAAUCAAGAAUUGAAGAAAAAAUAAAGAAAAAAAACUUUUUUUGUUUUUCGCGUCUUCAGUUAUAGCGAUUAGAACGGUGUGGCAACAUUGCGCUUGACCUGAGGGAAAAUUUCUUUACUACUUGGCAAUAUUAGCAACUAAAACAAGAGUCAUUCUUAGAGCGAUUCACACUUUUCUGUAAUUUAUUUAAAUUCGUAAAAAGGAUAAAUAUGGUUUUUGGUAACGAAUGGAUGGACGAACCCCUCAGUACCGGCACCACCAUAAUGGCUGUGGAAUUUGAUGGUGGUGUUGUUAUUGGCGCAGAUUCACGCACCAGUAACGGACCUUACGUCGCCAAUCGAGUUACCGAUAAGUUAACUCGUAUUUCUGACAAAAUUUACUGUUGUCGCAGCGGUUCAGCUGCCGAUACUCAGGCCAUUGCCGAUAUAGUAUCGUAUUCUCUAAAUUACCACGAAACUCGUACUGGUGAAGAACCUUUGGUAUCAGAAGCAGCUUCAGAAUUUCGGAAUUAUUGCUACAAUUAUCGUGACUCUUUAGUCGCCGGCAUAAUUGUGGCCGGCUGGGAUAAAAAAUUUGGUGGUCAAGUUUAUUCUAUACCUUUAGGUGGCAUGUUAAAACGUGAGCCCUUAACAAUCGGUGGUUCCGGUUCUACUUACAUUUAUGGUUUCGUGAGGGAAUUCUUUCGUCCAGGCAUGAAGAAAGAUGAUUGCAUUGAAUUUGUAAAAAAAGCUAUCAGACAUGCUAUGUUUCACGAUGGUAGUUCUGGCGGUGUGGUGCGGAUUGGUGUUAUUACAGCCGAUGGUAUUGAGCGUAAAGUUUUCUUUAAUACUUUAACAGGCGAACCAAAUUAUUUAGCUCAAUAAAAUGCUUACAAUGUAAAAUGAAUAUGAGAAAUAGAUCUUUGUAAAAAAUAA